GCCUGCUCGCGAUGAAGUCAAAACUGGCCUCCCUUUCCUUCGGGGGCCUACGGGCGGCAGCCGCCUGCCGUGAGGCCGAAUCUUCUUCUCUCUCCAUCGUCAUCCUUUCUCGUUUUCGCCGCCCUCAUUCGCACUUCUCUCUUCCUCACCCGAUUUCCGGUCGAGAGUAUCGUCCCUCGACUCAUUCUCGCAGAUUUUGUUAUGGCUGUCAAGACUGGAGUUCACCAUCAGAUUCUUCCACUCCCCGAUUCCUACGGCCCUGAGGAUGACACUGCCUACGGGGACGACGAGCCCAGUUCAUCUUCCAAUGACGAGUCUGACUACUCUGACGACGCCGACGACUGUGAGGAUGGCUACUCGACCCCAUGACUGAGCCGGAAUCUGGCUUCGAAACCCAUCCACUGGCAUCACAACGACCACGGAAGCCUCCCACCAGCGCUUCCAGGCACAAUAAGACUCCGGCCAUACCAUCGCAGUUGCCCGAGUACAGCGACGACCCCGACGAUAACACUGAUGAAGAUAUCGCGAAUGUCCCUCUGGACUUCGGAAGGUCAAAGCACAGCAAAAAACGAACCGCUCGGAUCGAGGAACGAUGGCACAAAUAUUGUGGUGUGAAAGCAGCCGAGGACGGUGCGCAUCUCAAAUGGCACGAUUGAUAGGUUAGUCGGAAUAAAGGAAAAGUAAGCAACCCGAAACGGAAUAUUGGGGCAUUUUCUCAAUACGUGGUUCGUUGCGUAAACUUGACUCGG